AUGGCGUCGGCGGUGCUGGCACUAAGGACGCGAACAGCUGUUACAGCCCUGUUGAGCCCCCCUCAGGCUGCAGCUCUUGCUAUCAGAUAUGCUUCCAAGAAAACAGGUGGCAGCUCCAAAAACCUUGGUGGAAAGUCAUCUGGCAGACGCUAUGGCAUCAAGAAAAUGGAAGGUCACUAUGUUCAUGCUGGCAACAUCCUAGGGACUCAGCGCCAAUUCCGCUGGCACCCAGGAGCCCAUGUGGGGCUGGGGAAGAAGAAGUGCCUGUAUGCCUUGGAAGAGGGAAUAGUCCGCUACACUAAGGAGGUCUACGUGCCCAAUCCCAGUAAUGCAGAAGCUGUGGACCUAAUCACCAGGCUGCCCAAGGGUGCUGUGCUCUACAAGACUUUUGUCCACGUGGUUCCCACCAAGCCUGAGGGCACCUUCAAACUGGUAGCUAUGCUUUGA